AUGCCGUCAGUACUUGACCCAGCCGAUGACUGCUACAAAAAACCAGCUGAACUUGAAGCCAACCCGGAAAUCGGCGGGAUAGGGGUCUUGAUAGGCUUCGUGGGAACAGCUUAUUUUGUGGUGUUGCUGGUGAUCAUCCGGUUUCUAUUUGCUUUCGAUCCUCAUAAGAACCCCUUCGAGAGUCGAUCAGCAAACGGCCUCGAUGAUCACAAGUGGAAGCCUAAUCAUGUGGACGAGGUGGCCGUCAGGGGAUGUCAAUGGCUGCGGCGGCGACGAUGGUUUCGCAACCCACAGUUGUGGGAGGGGGUACUAGAGAAGGCCGUGCUCGAGAUGUGCGAUAUUCAGCUGCUGACAGGAUUCGGGAUCCUCCUUAGCGGCUAUAUCAACUUGUUCAUCGAUACUAUCUCGGCAUACCACUGGUACAUCAUCGUCUAUCUCGUGUGGUUUUCAAACCUCACCCAUGUCGCUUGCAUGACUGUCCUUCGUGGACAUCUGCACCGACACCCAACCCAGCGAAGGUGGCGCCUGAGCCUAAUGUUCGUCUUAUGGGUGGGUCUCCUGGUAGCGAUCGGACCAACCUUUUGGUUUGACUGGAUGGGAACCGAAGAACAUCUUGCGUGGGAUGUGUCGACAACGAAUGCGCGGUGCUUCUACUAUCCAUCCAUAGCACUGAACACCAUGGAAUGGAGAGCGUGUCAGGCAUCAGUCGAACUCCACAAGGAGAGGGGGAAUGUCACCUACACAGUAGACGAAUGCGUGGCUUCCGACACCUGGGGACCUACGGACAUUCCUAUGGAAUCCCAUCUCUCGUUCCAGACAACUAUGCUCUCUGUCAUUCUGGCAAUCUGUACUUUUCUCACCCGGUUGGUGAAGAUGAACAGGUCUUGGUCCUCCCGGACUCGGAUGUCGAUUCUGGACAAACCUAUCAACUGGUACUUAGUACGAACGGCUAAACAGAUGAAGGCCCAGAGCAAACGUUCAGCAAGGAGCAUCAUCACGAGGAUGAGGUACAUCGGUAUUCUUCUUCGAAUCUCAUGGGGAUUGAUGCUGUAUACGUAUCUCAACAUCCUUUCCUCGGAACUCGUCGAUACAUAUUGGCUGUUUACUUUGGCUAUUUGGGGUACGGUGCGUCUGCUUCGAGUUCGCGCCUCUGUCGACAUCGACGAGAACAAGUGGGGCUUUGGGCAAAUCCUUCCCGUCUUUCUCCUCAUCGGGCCCGUCGUUGCGUUCGCCGUGCCCUUCUUAGGGGCAAUGAAAAAGACGACUGAGAUACGAAGCACGGGAUCUGAGGUAGACAUUUCGGAGGAGAAUCAAAAUCAGAUUGAGCGACAAUCGACUAUGGAUCUAUCAGAGACCAUCAGUACUCGCCUGCACGAUACGGGAUCGACUAUGAGCGAGGUCUCAGAUCCUGAUAACAGGCACCUGAAAACCGAUAUUCAACCUCUCAACCAGGUGUCCCACAUACACGUUGAAUCGACAGACUUUGGCGGAAAGCAGUCAAGGGGCCUACUGUCUACACGGCACAUGGACACAGAAGACAUCGACACGCAGACGCGCGACUUACUCGUCGCUCAUUGCAACGGGUCACUAGAAACAGACAUGAUCGAUACCAAGAGCCUGAGAAGCCUGCUCAGGGAUUACUAUGCCAAGUCGAAGUGCAUGGAUCAAGUGAUUGUGCUUGCCUGUGCCCAGUAG